AUGUACAACAAAUCUAAAUUGAAGACUGUAAUUAGUCAACGUCACCUUGACCGUAAAAUAAAAAAAAUAGUUGAAAACGAACUUAAAAAGGUUAAUGUGUCCUAUAGUAAUCAUAAUUCUGAAAACAAUGUAAAUACUGAGGUCAAUUGCAUAGGUCAAAAUUUGACAGAAAUUCAACAGGCAUCUGAUGUAGGUGACAAUCUGUCUUUUACCCAUGAAAACCAGGAAGAAGAUAAUUCAUUUGCUGAUAUUUUAAUUCCUGAAAAAGCAUUCGAUUUUGGUGACAGCUCACAAUCUUGUAGCAAUACAAACCUAGCUAAUGUUAAUAAUUUUGAUAAAAAUGAUAAACCAACAAUUCAAGAAAAACUGCAAAAUUGGGCUGUUACCAAUAAUGUGUCACAUUCUGCAGUUACAGAUCUCUUGCAUAUAUUACAUGAAGAUUAUCCAACGUUGCCAUUAGAUGCCCGAACACUUCUGAAAACUCCAAGAUCGUUACCAAAAAUACAACUUGAUAAGGGUGAACUAGUACACUUUGAUUUAAAAAAUACUUUGCUCCAAAUUUUGGCAUCUAACGAGUCAUUUAGAAAUGAAGAUACACUUUUGUUGAGUUUCAAUGUAGAUGGUCUUCCUAUUUUUCAUAGUUCAAAUACAAACUUUUGGACAAUUUUAUGUUUGAUUAAAAAUUUUAAUAUACCACCAUUUGUUGUAAGUAUAUAUUGCGGAUCUGGCAAACCAAAUCCUCUAAAUAUAUAUUUGAAAAAUUUUAUUAUUGAUCUUAAAGAUUUGCUUGACAAUGGCCUUACAUAUGAGAGUUUAACAUAUUCCAUUCAAAUUCAUAGUUUUGUAUGCGAUUCUCCUGCUAAGGCAUAUAUAAAAUGUAUAAAGUCUCACGGAGGAUACUCUUCAUGUGAUAAAUGUAUAGAAGAAGGUACAUAUGUUAAUAACAGAGUUAUUCUUCAAAAUCGCAAGGCUACUAAACGAAAUGAUACUACAUUUAGACUCUUGCAGGAUGAAAAUCAUCAUCAUGGUAUUUCACCUCUUGCUGAAUUGCAAAUUGGUAUGGUAACACUUUUCGCUAUAGACUAUAUGCAUGCAGUUUGUUUAGGAGUCAUGCGUAAAUUGUUAAAUUCUUGGAUUUCUGGUAAACUAUCCGUGAGACUGUCAGCUAGACAGGUACAAAUGUUAUCUGAAACAUUAAUUUCUUUAAAAGAGUACAUCCCUGUUGAGAUCAACAGAAAACCAAGACAACUUUCAGAGUUGGCUCGUUGGAAAGCAACAGAAUUCAGAACAUUUUUGUUAUAUUUAGGCCCAUUUGUUUUAAGAGAUGUUAUUGACAAGCGUAUUUAUGAGCAUUUUUUACUUUUACAUUGUGGAAUUUUUAUACUUGUUUCUUCUAAAUUUAUUAAAAAUUUUGGAACUGAAUUGCCAAGAUCAUUACUUGAUACAUUUGUCUCUCAUUGUGAAAAUAUAUAUGGAUUGGAGUACUUAAUAUAUAAUAUUCAUAUUUUAAUUCAUCUUACAGAUGAUGUUGAGAAUUUUGGAGCUCUAGAUAAUUUCUCAUCAUUUCCGUUUGAAAAUUAUUUAGGCCAGAUUAAAAAAUUAAUAAGAAAUUCAAACCGACCUUUACAUCAAAUAUAUAAUCGUUUAGUUGAAGCAAAUCUUGUAGUAAAAACGAUUAUAGAGAAAAAGUCUCUUGAGUUUUUGUAUGAGCAUCAUACAGGUCCUAUCUUAAAUUUAAAAAUAAAGGUUCUUCAGUAUAAAAAACUUGUUUACAAAGACUUUGCACUCUCCGUUAAAUCUUACUCCAAAGCAGAUUGUUUUUGUUUGUUACUUAAUGGAGUUGUUAUUGAAAUUCACAAUAUAUGUACUCAAAGUAAUAAUAAAAAUGAAUAUAUUUUAAUUGGCAAGGAAUUUAUGAUUUACGAAUCACUUUAUGAUUAUCCUAUACAUUCUUCUCUUCUACUCUACCAAAUUAAGAAUACUCCAAUAAAAUGUUUGAUUUUCCCAUAUUUAUCCAAGAAUGCAUGGAUUUCUUUUCCAUUAUUACAUACAAUUUGAUAUUGUUUUCUGUUUUACAUUUAUACAGAAACAAUAGGUACAUUGUUCCUGGCAAGAUGUUCCUCCAGUUAAAAUUAAGAUAAAAAAUUCAAUAUGGCUGUUGUAAUCGAAAAAAAAAACAGCGUAAGUGCAUGUCUAUUUCGUAACUUACCAAUGUCUUUUAAGUAAUAGUAAAAAUUAUUUAACAAAUGGUUAUGAAAAAUCUGAAACUUCAUCCAAUUUUUAAAUACAUACUCUAUAUCAAAUAAUAUAAUAUGCCACUGACUAGAACUUAAAAAGUUACGAUAGUGACAUAGCUGUUUUUUUUUUUCAAUUUUAAACUAUUUGGAUACUAUGUAUUUAAUAAUGAGUUUCAAAAAAUUAUUUUUAGUAGUUGUUUUUGUGUGAGCCUCAUACAGGUCUUACUUUAAAUUUAGAAAUAAAGGUUCUUCAGUAUAAAAACUUGUUUACAAAGACUCUGUUAAAUCUUACUCCAAAGCAGAUUGUUUUUGUUUGUUACCUAAUGGAGUUGUUAUUGAAAUUCACAAUAUAUGUACUCAAAGCAAUAAUAAAAAUGAAUAUAUUUUAAUUGGCAAGGAAUUUAUGAUGUACGAAUCACUUUAUGAUUAUCCUAUACAUUCUUCUCUUCUUAAUAUAUUCAUUUUUAAAGGAUUGUCUGAUUUAAAGAUAUACCAAAUUAAGAAUACUUUAAUAAAAUGUUUGGUUUUCCCAUAUUUAUCUAAGAAUGCAUGGAUUUCUUUUUCAUUAUUACAUACAAUUUGAUAUUGUUUUCUAUUUUACAUUUAUAAAGAAACAAUAGGUACAUUGUUCCUGGCAAGAUGUUCCUCCAGUUAAAAUUAAGAUAAAAAAUGCAAUAUGGCUGUUGUAAUCGAAAAAAAAAAGACAGCGUAAGUGCAUGUCUGUUUCGUAACUUACCAAUGUCUAUUAAGUAAUAGUAAAAAUUAUUUAACAAACGGUUAUGAAAAAUCUGAAACUUCAUCCAAUUUUUAAAUACAUACUCUAUAUCAAAAAUAAUAUAUGCCACUGACUAGAACUUAAAAAGUUGCGAUAGGGAUAUAUCUGUUUUUUUUUUUUCAAUUUUAAACUAUUUGGAUACUAUGUAUUUAAUCAUGAGUUUCAAAAAAUUAUUUUUUAGUAGCUGUAGAACCUUUACUUAUAGUCGGUUCGCUAAACUGAGACACAACUGGCUAGAUAUUUUAGUAGGUAAUUUUUUGUUUUUUUGCCAAUUUUACUAAAAUUGGCAAAAUUACGGACUAAAAUAUCUAGCCAGUUGCGUCUGAGUUUAGCGAACAGACUAUACUUUAAUUUUCUUAUAUGGGCAUGCUUUGUACGUUUUUAGAAAUUUAAAAAUAAAAUUGUAUUAAAACUA